UGCAACAUCGUAUGGAGAAGACUGUGUCCUUACUGCAGUGCACAUCGCACACGGAUAGUCGUCCGGAUUUUUUCCCCCCUUCGUGGCUUCGUUUGGAUCUAUCUAUCAUUCUCUGCCUGCUAUUGGAAUAUAUCGCAACACUCUGUUCGUCUGAGAAGGAAAUGAUCUGCUUUCUAAUGCAAGAGUGCUAAAUGUUGACCUGAGCUCUGGUAUAUGAGGAACACAACCUACAGAUGGAGUCAAGGGUUCCUCACCACAUUCCUGGAGUCUCCUCCUCCAUCAUGGUGCAGCCUUUGCUGGACAGCCGCGUUCCCUACGGACGGCUCCAGCACCCAUUAACUAUAUACCCCAUUGACCAAAUGAAAUCUUUACAUUUGGAGAAUGACUACAUUGACACCCCUGCUGUGAUCUCACAACAGCCACCAAGCCACAAGGCAAGCACGAGGGGGCAGGAAGUCCUGCUGGGAGCCCCACACCAUCCUCAUCUGUCCCGCUGCGAGGUCCCAGAUGCCACCACGCAUCCCUGGAUUUCAUUCAGCGGGCGGCCCAGCUCCAUCAGCAGCAGCAGCAGCACCUCCUCCGACCAACGGCUGCUGGACCACGCAGCGCCCACUCCCGUUGUGGAUCCCUACACUACUGGCAAUGGCCACGGGAGGACCCUGGGUGCAGAGCCACCCAAGGUGCUGAGCUCCAAGACUCAGAACGUGAAGGCGGUGGCGGCCUUGCCAGUGGAGAAGAAGCACGUGCCAUUGUGCGAGAAGUGCGGCAAAUGCCGAUGCACGGAGUGCACGUUGCCCCGGGCCCUGCCCUCGUGUUGGGUUUGCAACCAGGAGUGCCUGUGCUCAGCACAGAACCUAGUGGACUCUGUCACUUGCAUGUGUCUAGUCAAGGGCGUCUUCUACCACUGCACUGAUGAGGACGAGGAAGGCUCCUGCGCUGACAAGCCGUGCUCCUGCUCGCACUCGAACUGUUGUGCGCGCUGGUCCUUCAUGGCGGCCGUUUCAUUGGUGCUGCCUUGCCUGAUGUGUUACCUGCCCGCCACUGGUUGCGCCAAGCUUUCGCAGAAGUGCUACGACAGCGUCAGCCGUCCAGGCUGCCGCUGCAAAAGCACCCAGGCCUGCAAAGUGGCGGAGGUCAAGGCCUGUCAGCUGGAAAAACAGGCCUCAUGAUGGUGUGCCAGAAGUGGAGAGUACAAAGAGACUUGUGAGCAGGACCCUCUCCAGUAGUGGUGUACUUCCCAAAAUCAUGGUACUUAAGGUUCACGCAUGAUCCUCGCACUCAAGGUAUCCUGCAGUAGCAACGUUUGACCGACAGACGGGCACAAGUCAUUAUUUUACUUGUUUAUAAAGUACUACAGCAAAGGAGAGGCCUGCAUUUGCUUCUCCUAGGGUUCUCCCGAUGGCCGUGGGAUCAAAGUAUGUUGCCGUUUCGCCCCCAACUCGCUGACACAGAAUGCUGCAUUUGAGCAAAAUGUCUGUUCAAAAGAUUCCGAUCUCUUCUCUGAUGUUUAUUUUCUCUUUGGGUGGCUUUGAAAAGUCAAAGCAAAUAUCAGCCAUUCAAGAACACUCUAUACUUUGGCAAUCCCUCUCCGGAUCUGGCGCUGUGGAAAGGUUGCAGCGAAUUCCAAGCUGAUAACACAUGUCACAAUCAAAAUAACCAGACUUCAUCUCUGUGCACAGUGCAUUUACAAGCUUGUUAUAGAGCUUUAUUUCUUCUGUCGUUUGAAAUGCAAACACAGGAGGUCAUUUCGUUUCAUUGAAGGAUUUCCCUAAAAAGACAUUCGGUGACCGCAUGGCAGGAUGUUUUCUAUCUUCUGCGGGGACAGAUUGUUUGUUUUCGAUGGCAAAUGGGUAAAAUAGCUUUCAUGAUUCCCUUUGAAAACAUGCCACAUGAACUUCCAUAACGAUUCUUCCAAAUGUUAGCGGUUCAAUUUGUUGUAGACGACGACCUCAGGGAUCAUCAGUUCAUCUGAAUGGCGUGCAGCAUGUGAAUUCAGCUUGGAACGAGUUGGGCGACUAAAGUUAAGGGAACGGGCAGUGGUCAGAACACAGCAAUUCAGACACCAAGCAUUCAUAAGCUAUGAAGAGAAUCAGGCCAGUAGUUCCGGGAAAAGGAGAAGCUAUAAAGUUAGCGUAUGCUACUCUCUGCCGCUUAUAAACAAAACAUGCCAAUUGUAUCACCGUUAUAACGAGGCGAAAGCACAGUAUUAUGUACAGUAGCAUGUACAAAGUGUUUCACUGUAGUUGGAAAAAUUCCUCUAGUUUACUACGCACCAAACAUAACGUGCCCUAGUAUCGAACUGCUUUCUCCACAUAUAUAUUUUGUUAUAUGUAUAGUAUAGAGAUUUUGCCAAAGGAGUGCACCAUGGAGUUUUCGUUGACUAUUUUUGGAAAACCGUUCGUUUCCAAGUGGGCAUGCAUUGUCGUACUUUAGCCAAUUAGUGCAAAAGUAAGCUCUUAAAAGGUACGGUGCUCUGCUCUCCCAGGAGUCUCGGAGCACGAGGGAAUACCGUCGGCCUGCUCAACACAAACCCACGGUUCACGCGUCGAAGACCUCGCUCGUUUAGUCCCGCAUACGCCGGCAUUUGUACUUGUUGCACAAACCAGAAAAGCAGAAAUACACUACUGUUCUUAGUCUUGAAUGUAUAAGGCUAGGGUUUAAGUCUUUUUGCAAUCUAACCCGUGGAUAGGUGCCAGAGUAGUUCUGAAUGGAGAAGCUUGCGUAGCUACAUAGGGAAGAGUUGCAAAUGUACCAUAGAUCUCGUAGAUUUC